UCACACGGCUCAUUUGGCUUCAACAGGCAGCCCUGUGGGCAGGCCCAGGUGGUUGCAGGGCGUAAUGCUGCUGCCUUGUGGGGUGCUGCUGGACACCCCGGCAUGUGGAAUCCAAAUGCAGGUGCUGCUGGACACCCCGGCAUGUGGAAUCCAAAUGCAGGCGCACCAGGAGGGCUGCCCCCUGGAAAUGACCCCUAUUGUCCCCCUCCCCCUGGGCCAUGCCCUGGCCCUCCCCCUGGGCCUGGCAUGAAUCCCUGCAGCCCCGUUGUCUGCCCUCCUGGCCCUCCAGGGUGCCCUGGCACUGGGAGUCACCACCCCCAUGGCCACCCGCAUGGACACCACCAUGGCCACCCACACGGGCACCCUCAUGGACACCACCAUGGACACCCCCCACAGGGACCCGGCUGCCCUCCCGCUCCGGGCUGUCACCCCCCGGGCAACCCGCACGGGCAUCACAAGAAGCACAAGCACAAGCAGCAUGGCCACGGGCCGCACGGAGACAAGCAUGGCAGAGGCUCCAGCAGCGGCUCCGACUCAGACUAAGGUGGCGCCUCCACCCGGCGUGGGCGCACCACGGGGACACAGCCACGGCAGAAGCCACGUGCAGCCGAAGAGCCCUGCUCCCCCUUCUGCUGCCCUUUGCU